UAUUAUGGCUCCACCUUAUACUUAUCCACUGGCUGGUGUUGUUUAUUUCAUGACACAUCCACAGUUGUGGCUAAAAGCCCUCUGUCCAUUUCUUUUAACACUCAUUGUGGGUAUUCUAUCUCUCGUUUUAUCUUUUGUCUAUCUUUUGCCAUUACAGGCACACGCACUUAUCACAGCGCAUUGCCCUGUCUGGUUAGCAUGGACAGUCUCGGUCAUCUUUGUGUUGAUCGAGUCUGCUGUGUUUGAUCUGCUCUUUUAUGCUAUCAUUCAACCUUUCUUUCAAGACGCUUUGUUUGAUGCCACCCUUCGAGCCAGAGGGUUGGAUCGUAUGUUUGAUACUCGUAUACCUGUUUCAGGCCUUUUGUUGUGUUGUCGUGGUGUUUCAUCAGGCUUAGCAUUUGUCUGGUUACUACUAUUAGCACAAGUAGUAGUGUUGAUUUUGACAGCCCCAUUACAUUUGAUUCCUGUGGUAGGCACUGUCAUUGCUUGCUAUAUUAAUGGUUGGGUAGCAUGUUGGGGUCAUCAUAUUCAUUAUGAUUUAGAAUUCAGAGGAUUCUCUGUGGGAGAUUCAAGGAGUUUUGCAUGGCGACACAAGGCUCAGUAUUGUAGUUUUGGUGCAGUAGCUGUAGCACUUGAAUUAGUGCCUCUGUUCAAUUUGAUCUUUAUGUGGACUAAUGUUGUAGGUGCUGCACUUUGGGUAGGAGAUAAAUAUGAAAAGAACGAAAGAGAAAUUUCAAGACGUCAAAGAACAAGUACGUCGAAUGAAAUCAUGACUUUUCCAGGACAAAAAGAUGGCUAUCUUCCCCUUAUAAAACAAUAAAGUCCCACCAAUCACAAUAAGCGAAAGAGUCGAAUGUUCUAUUUGAUA